AAGUCUCUCAAACAUGGCUGCUCCCUUGGAGUUGUUCUGUUGGAAAGGCGACUACGGAUUACCUUCAGUAGACGUCGACUGUUUAGCCGUACUGGCCUAUGCCAAAUUUGCCGGUGCUCCUCUCAAAGUUCACAAAAUCACCAACCCAUGGAGAAGCCCUACAGGUUCUCUACCUGCUCUGAAGACAAGGGAGGAAGGAAGCAUCUCCCAACCCAGUAAAAUCAUCAUUCAUCUCCGGAAACAGAAGUACAAUGCAGACUAUGAUUUAUCAGCAAAGGAGGGUGCAGAUACGCUUGCCUUUGUCUCUCUACUGGAGGAGAAACUGCUACCUGCACUGGUCUACACGCUGUGGAUAGACUCUAAAAACUAUGUGGACGUUACACGGUGUUGGUAUGCAGAAAACAUCCCCUUCCCUCUCAACUUCCUGCUGCCCAACCGCAUGCACAGCCAGCAGCUGGAGAAGCUGAGACUGGUGAGGGGAGACCCAGUGCUGGAGCCUGGAGAACAGCUGGAGAAAGAGCUUUAUCGUGAUGCAUUUGAAUGUAUGACUCUCCUGUCGCAGAGACUGGGAUCACAGAAAUUCUUCUUUGGAGACUCUCCCUCGUCUCUGGAUGCGUAUGUGUUUGCACACCUAGCUCCUCUGUUGAAGAUCAAGGUGCCGAAUGGAAAACUCCAGCAGCAUCUGAACUCCCUGAACAACCUGGAGCAGUUCUGCAGCAACAUCUUACUGCUCUACUUCCCCUCUGAUCAACGAGAGGCUCCAGCUCGUAAGAUUCAUGUUCAGUCUGACAGUAGUGACUUCGACAAUGAGCCCCACAUGCGUCGCAACCAGAUUCUGUCUGUUCUGUUUGCUGUGGGGGCGAUGCUGGGUUACGCUGUCCUCACCGGGAUUAUAACCAUCAAACGUGAACGGCCACAGCUGAAGAACUCCAGCCAUGAAGAUGGGGAUGAAGAAGAUGAGGACUAAAUAAAGAAGCAAACAUGGCAUUGGUGCCACAUUCUCGCUCCCCGGCCAUUCAGACUAGAGCUGCACUCCCAGAUACCUCAGUUCUUUUAAAUCUCUUUUAAACCAUCAUGCUUCAGUGCUCUCUGCCUGAAUCGCUCACUUGAAGUAGCAUCAAGCGAGCCCCAUAUUGGUGCUUUUAUUGGAAUUAUUGUUAAUAUAAUUGUUACUUUAAUAUAUACCGAUCUGUAAGUUGUCAGGUCGCGCACAUGCAGGAAGUUCGACUUGAUUUUCAGGUCAUUAAAAUAUCCCUCACUGUUUUCUCUUUUA